AUGUCGGAGGAGUGCGGGCGGACUGCAGCCCUGGCGGCCGGGAGGACUCGGAAAGGCGCCGGGGAAGGGGUACUGGUGAGCCCCGAGGGAGCCGGGGACGAGGACUCGUGCUCUUCCUCGGCCCCUCUCUCCCCGUCGUCUUCGCCCCGGUCCAUGGCCUCAGGCUCUGGCUGCGCCUCUGGCAAGUGUGUGUGCAACAGCUGCGGCCUGGAGAUCGUGGACAAGUACCUUCUCAAGGUGAAUGACCUGUGCUGGCAUGUCCGGUGUCUCUCCUGCAGUGUCUGCAGAACCUCCUUAGGAAGGCACACCAGCUGUUAUAUUAAAGACAAAGACAUUUUCUGCAAACUUGAUUAUUUCAGAAGGUAUGGAACUCGCUGCUCUCGAUGUGGGAGGCACAUCCAUUCUACUGACUGGGUCCGGAGGGCCAAGGGCAAUGUCUAUCACCUGGCAUGCUUCGCCUGCUUUUCCUGCAAAAGGCAGCUUUCCACUGGAGAGGAGUUUGCUUUGGUGGAAGAGAAAGUUCUCUGCAGAGUUCAUUAUGACUGCAUGCUGGAUAAUUUAAAAAGAGAAGUGGAAAAUGGUAAUGGGAUUAGUGUGGAAGGUGCCCUCCUCACAGAGCAAGAUGUUAAUCACCCAAAGCCAGCAAAAAGAGCUCGGACCAGCUUUACGGCAGAUCAGCUCCAGGUUAUGCAAGCACAGUUUGCUCAGGACAACAACCCAGAUGCACAGACCCUCCAGAAACUGGCAGAAAGGACAGGCUUGAGCAGACGUGUGAUACAGGUAUGGUUUCAAAAUUGUAGAGCACGCCACAAGAAACACGUCAGUCCUAAUCACUCCUCCUCUGCCCCAGUCACAGCAGUCCCACCCUCCAGGCUGUCUCCACCCAUGUUAGAAGAAAUGGCUUAUUCUGCCUACGUGCCCCAAGACGGGACGAUGCUAACUGCGCUGCAUAGUUACAUGGAUGCUCACUCACCAACAACUCUUGGACUCCAGCCCUUGUUACCCCAUUCAAUGACACAACUGCCAAUAAGUCAUACCUAAUUCCUUUAUUCCUUUAUUCAGGGAUAGAAAUGAUUAAGGAUAUAAACUUGUCAUUUAUUAUGUAUAAAAUAUCAUUGAAAAGUUAUUAAUGUUAAUUUUUUAUUUAACACGCAAAG